AUGAGACUUUUCCGGUCACGUGACGUACAGCUGUCUGAACGUCACAGCAGUCGUCGGUCUGGAUAAUUCCACAUGAGCGAAAAAUGGCGUUCACAUUCGCGGCCUUUUGUUAUAUGCUGGCGUUAUUGCUGACGGCGGCGCUUAUCUUCUUCGCUAUUUGGCAUAUAAUUGCAUUUGAUGAGCUGAAGACUGACUAUAAGAAUCCUAUAGACCAGUGUAACACGUUAAAUCCGCUCGUCUUGCCGGAAUACCUCAUCCAUGUGUUCUUCUGCGUAAUGUUCCUGUGUGCAGCAGAAUGGCUGACGCUUGGACUCAACAUGCCCCUGCUGGCCUAUCACAUCUGGAGGUAUAUGAGCCGCCCUGUGAUGAGUGGCCCUGGAUUGUAUGACCCCACUACAAUAAUGAACGCAGAUAUUCUGGCGUACUGUCAGAAGGAGGGCUGGUGCAAACUUGCAUUCUACCUCCUCUCAUUCUUCUACUAUCUUUAUGGGAUGAUCUAUGUUUUGGUGAGCUCUUAAUCUGGAUAGAGCUGGAAAGCAUAUAUGGAAGCGUUUGAGAUGCUGAUUUUAAAACCCAAAUGGAGCUGAAUUUGGACUCUGCCAUCUCUCUCAGUUCUGCUCGGCUUUUUGAAAUGGACAUUGACUUUACUUUAUUUCUCAUUGGCAAAGAACGAUCCAGGAAAUCAAGCAGCCUGCAACAACUCCAGAACCACACACACAAAAAUGAACUAUUACCAACUCUUCAGUACAACUAGACUAGACUCAUACACACACAUGCCACACCAAUGCUAAAGCACUUCACACACUGAGAGCAUUAGUAGAUGAGAGGAAACGGUUAAGAUUGAAAAGAUCAUGUCCAAAGCAGAGGCACAAGGGCUUCAACACUGUACCACUGAAGGAUAUGUGCAAAGAUUUUACUCGUGUUUUCAAACUGUAGGACAAAAUAAAGAUCUUGAUUGUAGCAUUUUUACAGACUUAUUUUAUCUUACAUAUAUAUUACUAGCUAAAUCAGUUCUUUAAUUUAUCCUUCAGAGUCUUGUGCUGCUUUGGUGGUUCAUGAUCUUUUAAGUCCAUGAAUUUGAACUCAUGCUGGUGGUCUGCUUCAUGCUGAUGGUACUUAUCAGAUGGAUGCUCCAUUUCAAGUGUCAAAACCACUGUUUACUGUCUUGUUGGUAGCAAAGGAGAACUGAUGCUUUCGGUGUGUUGAAGGCUUUACUUCCCCUCAUACACCCUGGAAAUACUCCACAUGUAACUUUUUUUUUUUUUUUGCUUUUAAAUUUAUUUUUGCAUGCAUUUUGUAUUUCUAAGUGUAAUUUGUUUUCUGAUUUAGUUUUACUUCCGUUAUGUUUUUAUGAGACCGAAAUGAGUGUGGACACUGUUUUGAGUAUUUUUGGUUUGAUCUUGGCAUGAUCUCGGUGUCCCAACAUGCCAAUUUCUUUAAGACUGUCAGUAAUCCCAAACAGGCUUCAGUCCUGAGGUGAUGCUGUAGACUUUGCAUCUGGAUUCAGUACACAGCUGUGCGGAAGGAGUCUUUACCACACUGACAGUUGUCCAUAAUCACCAAGCGUAACCACCAAGGUUGUACGUAUUCCAUGUAAUAGUUUAUUUUCCCUGUUAUUUAGAUUUUUUUUUUUUCUGUUUUCCCGUUUGUGUGUUAUGUGUGUUUGAAUGUAAUAAAGUCUGGCAAGAGCUGUAGUAAAUUUAUAGAUUUUUUUUUCUUAAAUGUUUUAAAGUUUCCAAUAAAGCCCACCAUAGACAAAUCAUGACAAA